CAUGCUGCUGGCACAAAAAAAUUUGAGAAAAUCAAAAAGAGAAAAACAAAAACAAAAGAAACCGGUCUGGCCAUGAAAGCGUAGGGACAAAAACCGGGGAACAAUGGCCGCAGAGGACCAAUUAAGCAAUUGCCAUGCCAAGUGUGGUAUCUUCCGGCUCAUAAAACGUUGUAAAACUGGACAGACUCCAUUUCCAACCUCUGCUUCCUUUGAUCUUUCCGCCCAACUCUCUCCAUUACCUUCCUUCCUUUCUCCAGCUAUUUAUAUAUAGUAAUCCAAGCCUCGACCUGCCCUCGUCUCCGAUUAUCGCCGCCGCCGGUCUAAUCUACCAAUGCUGCUCCAUUGAAGCCUUUCUACCCCGUUUUCCCCUAAGGUGAAUCAACUCCCUGCGAUCUCUUCGUUUCCCCCUUUUUUUUGCCAGAUGGGUUUUCUCUGGGUUCAUCACUACUGACUGAUGUGAUUUGUUUUCCCCCCCCUUUCUUUUAAUCGUCUUCCUAGUAUCAGGAUAUUCGACUUCUUUGCAAACAAAACCAUGAGCGUGUACAUAAUUGGGGCUAUUGUCCCGCUGGUGGUGACCCUUCUUCUCCGGAAGAAUUCUAACGACGGCAAGAAACGCGGCGUCCCGAUCGACGUCGGCGGCCAGGCCGAGUAUGCAAUUAGGAACGCCGGUUUCCCUACCCCGCUGGAAACGGCCUGGGAAGGAGUGUUCACUCUCGCUGAGCUCUUCGAGUUCGCUUGCAAGAGGCACGGGAACAAGGAUUUGCUGGGGACCCGGAAGUUGAUCUCCAGGGAGGUUCAAGUGAGUGGAGACGGGAGGUCCUUCGAGAAGCUUCACUUGGGAGAGUACGAGUGGCUCACCUACGCUGCAGUGUUUCAGAGGGUCUCCAAUUUCGGUUCUGGGUUGGCUCAACUCGGGCAUCUGAGGACCGAGCGGGUCGCCAUUUUCGCUGAUACCAGAGCUGAAUGGUUCAUCGCGUUGCAGGGUUGCUUUAGGCGCAAUGUCACAGUGGUUACCAUCUACUCUUCACUAGGGGAAGAAGCUCUCUGUCACUCGUUGAAUGAGACUGAAGUUACCACUGUGAUUUGUGGGAGCAAGGAACUGAAGAAACUUGUGGAGAUAAGUGGGCAACUCGACAGCGUGAAACGGUUGAUAUGUAUGGAUGACGAUGUUCCUGCUGUGGCAUCUCCACUGGAGCAGAGUGGGCGGUGGACAGUUAAGUCGAUGGCAAGUGUGGAGAAACUAGGCCAAGAAAAUCCUACGGGGGCUGAUUUGCCUCUGCCAGGUGAUGUUGCUGUCAUCAUGUAUACAAGUGGGAGUACUGGGUUACCAAAGGGAGUGAUGAUGACACAUGCUAAUGUCCUGGCUGUAGUUUCUUCUGUCAGGACCAUUGUUCCUGGCCUUGAGAGCGAUGAUGUUUAUCUCGCAUACCUUCCAUUAGCUCAUAUACUUGAAUUAGCGGCCGAAAAUAUAGUUGCUGGUGUGGGAAGUGCUAUAGGAUACGGAAGUCCUUUGACACUUACCGACACUUCAAACAAGAUAAAAAAGGGAACCAAAGGGGAUGCUUCUGCAUUGAGGCCAACUGUGAUGGCAGCUGUUCCAGCAAUUCUUGACCGUGUUCGAGAUGGCGUGCGUAGUAAGGUAGAUGCAAAAGGUGGAUUGGCCAAGUGUCUAUUUGACUUGGCAUACAAUCGCCGGCUGUCAGCAGUGAACGGGAGUUGGUUCGGAGCUUGGGGACUAGAACUGCUUCUGUGGAACCUUUUAGUUUUUAAGAAGGUGCGGGCAGUUUUGGGAGGCAGAGUGCGGUUUUUGCUUUCUGGAGGUGCUCCUCUUUCUGGUGAUACUCAAAGAUUUAUCAACAUUUGCCUUGGAGCUCCAAUUGGCCAAGGUUAUGGUCUCACUGAGACUUGUGCUGGUGGGACCUUUUCUGAGUUCGAUGAUACUUCUGUUGGUCGAGUUGGCAAUCCACUUCCUUGCUCGUAUAUUAAGCUGGUGGAUUGGCCAGAAGGUGGAUAUUUGAUUACUGAUUCACCUAAGCCUCGUGGGGAAAUAGUCAUUGGCGGUCCUAAUGUCACCCUUGGGUACUUCAAAAAUGAAGAGAAAUCAAGAGAAGUCUACAAGGUUGAUGCGAAAGGCAUGAGGUGGUUCUACACAGGCGACAUUGGUCAGUUCCAUGCUGAUGGAUGCCUGGAGAUAAUUGACCGCAAGAAGGAUAUAGUCAAGCUUCAGCAUGGGGAGUACGUCUCUUUGGGAAAAGUUGAGGCUGUUCUUAUGGCAACCUCCUGUGUCGACAACAUGAUGAUGCAUGCUGAUCCAUUCCACAGUUACACUGUGGCUGUAGUGGUGCCAUCUCAGCCUGCCCUUGAAGAAUGGGCUGCAAAGCAAGGAAUAAGCUACACCGAUUUCUCAGACCUGUGUGACAAGAAAGAAACAGUACAGGAAGUCCAAGCUGCUCUUGUCAAGGAAGCGAAGAAGGCGAAGUUGGAGAGGUUUGAGAUCCCGACGAAGAUAAAGUUGCUUUCAAAUCCAUGGACUCCCGAGACUGGGCUAGUCACUGCAGCUCUAAAGAUUAAGAGAGAAGCCAUUAGGAAGGCCUUCUCUGAAGAGCUAUCGAAGCUAUAUGAAUCAUGAAGUAGUUUUUGUUGGAAGCUAGCUGCCUAUGACUCUUGGUCACUGAGUUUUGUUGCCGAGUCCUGUGAACUAGUCUCAUUUUGUAGGGAUAUUGUUUAGGUUGCCUUCGAAUUUUUGCUGCUUGUCUACUUAUACCUGCUUUACUUGGUCCCGUUUCUGGCCAUCCCACAGUUACUUGUUUAUGUACGUGACAAGGUUUUAGUGCCCCCUUCUGCUUCUUGGGUUUCUGGUUAUUUCUGCUGUUCAACUAUGAUAGGACAAGCGUUAACUAAAUACCACAACCUUUUGAUACAAGUAGAGUUUGUUCUUCCUUUUGCUAGGCCUGAAAAAUUAGCUAGGUGGAGAAAAUGGCAACAACCAAAGAACACCAUUACCAUAAAUUAAUUGAGGUCCUAUUUCAUUUCAUGUGCUUGGAGUAUUGCACCGACUCCUUGCCUCUAUGAGUUCUAGCAAAUGGUCCUAGCGGGUGAGGGCGGGGUCACCCAUUCUAUUGGCCAUUGCUAUAGUAGUAAUAUCAUAUCGUAAUUCGUUGCCCAUCAUUUUCAUUAGAGGACAUGUCUUCUCUCGAUCGAUAUGUUAUGUAGGGCUAGUUUCGUACGAUAGAUGAUGGAAAUAGAAUGGCUAUGAAUGAAUGAAUGAUGUUUGAGGCAAGAAUUAUUGAUCCAGUGUCACGAUUGAGAGAAAUAUGAGGGUUAAAGGUGCGGAUUUUCGUUGAGGUUAUGUUGGUUGUCUGACCAAUGCUUCUCGUCGACCUGAGUACUUUUCUCAAUCUCGAAAACCAAUAAAUUUUGAUUGAAAAACACACACACAUUAGUUGGUCAUGGGAGUUGAUUGUUGAAAUCGAAGUAGCUCGACCGAUAGGGAGAGGAACGAGCUCGGCUGAAAGGAGAGGAGGGGAAUAUAUGAGCAUGAAAGGCGGGCGCAGGAAUCUCUCUAUCUGAGAUAAACGUAUUAAGCAGAGCCUGAAGGAACGAAGUUGCUCGACCGAUAGGGGAAGGUUAGAAGCAGCUCGACCGAUAGGUUUAUCAUAUGUGAGCCCGAAGGGCGAAGGGAGAGGAAAGAAGUUGCUCUACUGAAAGGGGAAUAUGUGAUCCCGCAAGGCGGGCAAAAGAAGCCAAUAGUUAGUUUUUUAAAAGUAUAGUGUAUAUAGAUGAAAAUUUUAGGUUUAUUAUUGUUUAAACGAGUGAUUAUGGUUGGUUACCUUCUUUUUCCUUUUUGAUAAAUGAUGAACUUUAUUACUAACAGAAGAAGUGCAACAAAAAAAUGAACACCUAGCUAGAAGGAAAAAGGUGAAAAAAGUUUGGCAAAACAACGGCCAAAACUCAAAUACAACAAACAAGAACCAGUAUGGGAACUACCAAAUAUGGUGACAAACAACUAUCACUAAUAGAAAGAAAAACAAAAACAACAGGAAUGCCUUUGAAUCUCAAGGCCCCAAAAAUAACACCUAUACAUCUAGAUAAAACCAAGAGACAAACCAUCAACCAUCCCCAAUUCUCACCCAUUGCUGUAAACAGAGGCGUAGCCAGGAAUUUCACUAAGGUGGAUCGAACAGUGGAGCGAGUCUUUGUGAACGAUGAGCAGCAAGCGACGUCAUUGACUCAUAUAUUGGGUAUUGCUAAACAAAACAAAUUAAUGAAAGUUUAAGAAUCAAGCUCGGCUUAUUAAUGAAAAUGAAAGCUCGACCUCGGCUUGCCAAAUGAGUUUAACGAUCUUUCUUUUGAUGAACUUGAACCCACAAGUUCAAUGAUUUUGCCUGUAACUGACAAGUAAGAGAUGACAUAGACGUCGAAAAACGUUUUGUUUAUUAUUUGAUUGAUUAAUUUUGAACUAACGCGGAACAUACAUCUUAUAUAAUAAGAAAAACCUAAUGUUUAA